AUGCCCGUGCCCGGCCCUUGGACGAAAAAAUGGGUUGAGGCCAAGGUGCAGAGCUAUGACGGCGAUGACUGGGGUGCCGACGAGUACGAGGAUGAAACAUCAGAGGAGGAGGCACCACCGCCUUUGCCCAAGUCGACGACACACGCUUCUGGGUCGAGAGAGUCGACUCUGCCAUCGCUGCAAACGCAGCAGCCUUCUACAAGAUCGGCACCCAUAACUCAAACAUCAAAUGUGACAUCGACAACGCCAGGAGCACCUGGGCCUUCCAGUGCAACCGCGUCCCCUGUGGAGACGCAGACGGUGACACCGAAAACUGGCGGUGCUACGCAUGGGUUUUCUGGCCCAGCCAGCCAUCAAGAGCCAGGAAAUUCUACGCCAACACUGGAACCGACCACUGCCGAUCAGGGGUCAGCUCCAUCCUUUGUUCGACCAUCCGAUAUAUACAAUCGUAUGGAAGAGGAGAAGGACAAAGAGCGCAAGUCAUUGGAUUCAGCUGGUGUUCGACCUGACUCUAUGGGCAAAGACGAAGCCUUCAAUGUUGGAGGCAAAACAAAGACCCCAACCGCGGAUGUCGACGAAGCGGGACGCCGCGCCUCCAUCAGCCCAAAGCUGCCUGACUUUGCGCGAAUGUCGGCCUUCGGUACAGACUUAUUCUCCUCUACUGGAAAUGCUGGCCAAUCCAAAGCUGAGCCCAUUACCGAGAAGGAUGGCGAGACUGAGGUUUUGUCCUCUCCUCCAAUGCCCCAAGCGCAAGCGCCCCUGUCCACAUCCGUCACUGAGGACGCACCGGUUCCUGAAGAGGCACCCUUUGUCCAAGCUCCAGCUGAAGAAGACCAAGACAGGAAAUCGAUGACGAGCGAACAUGACAAGGACGAAUCAAGACCAAUUACUGUUUCUGCGGCUGACGACUCAAUCAGUCGUGAGGACGAUGCCGAAACCGAAACGAAAAAGGAUGCGCCGCCGUCGGGUACAAACGACUUGCCAACUCUGUCCAAAGAGAACAUCCCGGUGUUACAGCCAGACUCCGAUAUGCAUGAUAUUGCUCCUCUGAGAACCCCUAGUCCACGUGGUCCGGCGCGACCAGACCUGGACUCUCCACAGGCUCGUUUUGACGCCGUUGAAGCAACUGAAACAGCAAAUGUUAAGCCAGCGGACCAUCGCCCCGAGGUAAACUUCGAGCCUAAACCUUUCCAGCGUGAGACCACAUUUAGCACGGUGACGUCUUCUCCUGUCAAGGAUAAUGAUAUGCUGAGUGAUGAGAUUUUAAAGUCUUUAAGCCCUGUUGGGCCCUCCGCCCAUGAGUUCAGCCCAGCAGCUACUGGAAAUGACUCGCAAAUCUCGAACCGGAAUGCUGCCAGAGAUAGUAGCUACACCCUCAAAGACUACGACAGUUACUGGGAUGAUGCUGAGGACAAGAUCAAAUCCCCAGAAACAUCAGCACCCAUCACUACAAUCCCCGAGGUUCCAGAAUCGCAGAGCAAACCGAUGAGCCAAUCUACCAUCAGUCCUGCCGACAAGCCAACUGAGUCUCUCGUGUCACCUCAAUCAUCAACUCUACGCCGUCGAUUCUCUUGGGAAGCUGAAGAGGUAAGCCCGGCUCCGGCACAACAGGAGCCGCCGUAUGUUUCGCCCACAACGCAAACGCAAGGCCCAGUCGCCGAACCGGCUGCCUUUGGCGCCAAGUCUGAGGGACCAAGCAAGCCUUCAACAGACGAACCUCGUAGUGCAAGUGGCGUCUCACCUCAAAUAUCCAAUGGCAGCAGCGGCCAUCCAGGUCACGGGCCACAGACUGCCCUUGAGGCGCCAUCACCUCUCUCGCCAAGCGGUGGCAACACCACGGGAGUUCGUUCUGACCAUCAGCUUUCACUGGUGGAGGACAGAGCCGUUGAGCAACCUACUUUGAGCAUUAUGUCGAAUGCAACGACAUCUGAUGAGCAGCCUGCUCUUGCCAUCCAGACCUCACCACCGGCGUCCCCAUCUCCCACUGUUCCAAUCUCCCAACAGGCACAGCAACAAAUAAUGAGUUUCCGGGAAAUCAUGAGCUUGAAUAAUUCCAGUGAAAGGAUUGCCAAGUACAACGAGACUCGAAAGGUAUUCUCGUCGACCGAUUCUGGACUUGACGCUUGGCUUGUACAUCUCAGGGGCCAGCACCCUGAUAUGUCAACUUCUGGUUUAGAAUUCGGCGGACAGGUUGCUCAGGAAACCUCUCAAGGUUCAAGUGUGGCCGCCUCAUCCGGAGCGCCGUCUGCCCCGGCUCAACAACCAUACUACCAACAGUAUCUUAAUGCGAGCUCACCCACGGCUGCCAGUUCUCCUACGAAUCGUACACGGAUAGGCGGUCUACCAAUUCCUAUGCAAGCAUCUGGCAGCACUUUUGGUCACUCUGGCAAUCAAAUCGGAACCAAGAGCAAAGAAUUGAUGCAUUCCGCUGGGAAAAUGGGCAAAGGCUUGCUUAGCAAGGGUCGGAGCAAAUUGCGUGGAACAGGGGACAAGGACGAAUCGUUGUCUACAAGCGGCACUGACCAAGCCAAGAGCAGCACGUCAAAGGCGGAUCGGCGAUCGUCAUGGGGCUUGAGUCUCGGAUCAAAGUCUCGCAACUUGACAUUGACUGACGAAGUGGACCCACAAAGAAAAGCCAAGGCACAUGCAGCUAGCUCGUCCACGUCAAUGUCCACAACCAACGCCAACGCCAACCCCAACUCGAACUCCAACUCCAGCUCUAGCUUGGGCAAUGCCAAUCUGCAUUCAUUGCACAUGCACCGCGUCGCUCCUGAUGCCACAUCAUCAUCAAUGCCGCCUCAACUGCCACAAAUUCCUCACGCGGCGCCGUUGUCGCCGCUCAAUCCGGCGACACACCCCGAGUACAUUCCGGAGUGGAGAUCGAUAGCCGUUGAUUCAGACCUCGACUCUUCAACGGCCCAACCCGUUGUGACGCUCCGCCAUCCUGUUCCACCCGUUCAGGCACAGCCCAGCCACCCGUCGCGGGCUACCGCAGGACUGAGCAAAUUGGAGAUUCCAAACUCUGGAUCAUUGAUCUCCAAUGGGGCAAUCACUGCUCCCGUCUUGUCGAUGCAGAAUACACACCAAGGCCAGCCUACUGGCUAUGAGGCGCGAGGGCUCAAUACUGCCACCACAGAGCGCGUUGGCCAGCAAUGGGCCAUGAUGUCGCAAGGUCAACCCCAUCAACACCAACAUCAACAACCCCGUCCCCAUCCCUCUCAGUUACACCCGUCGCAUGCGGUUCCCAUCAUUGACCAACGCAGCAAUGGUCCUCCUCCGCCGCGCCCUGUUCUCCAAGACAGUGGUAUCGGACUUACCGCACCUGCGGAGAGCGAGCAAGAGCCCAAACGGUCGUCCUCAUUCAUUGGACUGCCUCCUAUCAGGCGGAGCUCAACGUUUGGACUUACUCCCAAAUCAAAGACUCGAAAGGCUACUGAUAGGUUCCCUCUCGAUGACGACGAAGACGAUGAACCCUCAGAUCGGGCGUCCCUUGCUGAUGCGCCGGUCGAUGUCGAGCCUGAACAUCUGCAGUCCCAACAACAAUUAGCAUCGUCGCAUGCGCCCCAAGUCACCGCUAAGCGUCCCUCCGACAAUGUUGCGGCCCUUUCUCAAUCCAUCAAGGAUGAAAAAGCCGGCAUCGUCGUAUCUCAUUCAGAAGUGCCACCAGAAAGUCCCUUCAGAGAGGGCCCUGGGAGACAUUCGCAAAACCAUCCACAGCAUGAACAACAGACGACUUUGGCAAACCAGCAGCAACUGCCUGUAAGGGGGCAGAUACCGCCAGCUCAAAACGCUCAAGACUCUCAGCAGUGGGUGCAUCCCACCCGGCGCGUGCCGUUUGCUGGACAAUGGAAACUGGAGGAAAGUCGCUUGUCUGAACCUCUAAAUGCGGUGUCACGAAACCGGUCAGGAACAGCUGGGUCGCAACAACAAAUUAUGUACGGUUUUGACAAAGAAACUGGAAUGUCUGCAGAGGAAUUUACCACUUCGAAUCCUGCACAGGAUCCGACACAUCAGCUAAAACAACAGCAGCCUCCCCAACAACCCCUCCAGCAGACUGUUCCAAAUCCCAUGUUGCCGCCUCCUCUUCGGCAACGAUCUGAUGUGCCCCCUUCAUCAGCACAACGAUGGCCUGAACUGUUUGCCCAUCCUCCAGACCAACGUCCUCGAUCGAACCCUCGCAACGGCGGACAGCCCUAUCAACCUCCUUAUCAGACGUCUCUGGCGCGCAAUGAAUUUGCCAUGCCAAGGCCUCCUACUAAUGAGUUUGCUAUUGCCGGAGUCGGCCCACCUGAGGAGGAUCGUGGUCGCAGGAACAGGAAUUCCGGGCUCUUUGAAAAAUUUGGACACCGUAUAGCCCGAGCCACUUCGCGGGAGCGUCGAGGCUCCAUGGACCAGCGACCGGCAGCCAGUGAUGUCCGUGGGGAUGAGGCAUCAGAAUCAAGUGUUGGGACUGGACCUGAUAUCCCCGAGCAAGGCAAGCGGCGGUCUAGUUUUCUCUUCGGUCGUUCUGGCCGCGCAUCAAUGGAUACUGGCCCAAGACAUAACGUUGGAACUGGGCAUGAGCAGUCAUCUCAAGAGCCGCUGCCCCCCAGUACUCCACCUCCCGGUGACAGGAGGAGAUCACUGCUCAGCGGAGGUAUCGGUGCCAAGUUGGUUCCAAGCAAGUUGUCCAAGUCGUCUUCAUCCAACUUGGACCAUGAUCAAAACGUCGCUCAGGUAUCGCAGCCGCCGCCCGACGUCCAUGAAACGACUCCUCAGAAGAAGCGGUUUUCCGGCAUGUCUAAGGUCUCAAACUUGCUCAGUCGCAACAAGCACGAAGACAAGCAGAGCGCUUCGCAGCCGCAGCCACAACCACAACCAACAGUCGAGCCUCUAGAGCCCCCAGCUCCUCCGUUCAAGCAUCUAGGCCGGGUUAGUACCGACAGUUCUGUUGGUAGCUCGAACGACCGUCGGGAUGAGAGCCCUGACCGCCGUGGUCGACGCCCUUCCAUGUCCGGUUUGAUAACGGGAAUGUUGGGGAAACGCUCUGCGUCCAAAACCAGAGAACAAGAUCCCCGAAUGGAUUCUCAGACGUCUUUCCAGCACCAGAUGAAUGCGCAGCCGCAGAGCGUGGCAGAUGCUAAAGAACAAAAUAUGUGGCAGGGUGACCAACACCAGCGUCAGUACCCGCAUGGUCCGGACCAGAUCACUGGGCGUCUUCCUCCCAGUGAUCCAUCUCAACGGCAACCCACGCCACUACGGGACCAAGUCAAUGUACAUCAUCCGCCUGCAGGAAAUCUUCACCAACAGAGAUCGUCUCAAACUGAGCAAUUUCAACGGCAUCACUCGCCUGCGCCAAAUCAGGCCCCGCCGCCGCAACCACAAGUUAUGGGUGGUGGCCCGACAAAGGGGGUUCCAGGCGCCAAUCUAUAUCAACGACAGCACUCGCCUGUUACCCAUGGGCCCCCUGCUUCGCCUCCCACCCAGCAAUUCUCCUCGCAACACCCUAUCGGUUAUAUGGGACAAAGGGAUGGAAUACGGUCGCCGCCGAACAUUGAUGUAUCUACUCGAUACGCGCGACCACCUCAACCAUCCCCGUUGGGCUUGGUCCCUCGAACGGCUGGUCACCAAGCCGAGCCAGAUGCAGCUCCAGCGAAACAAGACGAGCGACAAGUUGGCCAGCCGUCUGGCCAAGAAGAAGAGCAGCGGGGGAUGUCUCCUGUACCGUCUAAAUCACCUGAAAAGCCCAGGGCCUCUCUCACAGAACCACAAGCUCAGUCUGAUCAUGACGUGCAGAAUAGCGUGCCUGUCGAAGGAGAAAUCCUCCGCACCUCUACUGUCUCCCCUGACCUGUCCAUAACAUCAGAUUGGAAGGCGAUAGAACACAACCCAGACGAGGACGUCGGUGAUGCUCGACGGGACGGUUCAAUGGAUCUCUCGGAUGAACGGAACUUCACUGUCGUAAAGGCAGGUAAAACGCAAGCUGCGGGUGAUCUAUCGCGCCCUAAUGAAGCUACGAGCCCAAAGCAAGAUAGCGACCCGCUACCUACAGCUCCCGUAGUGCAGCAAGCUGGUAAACAAGCCCCAGGCAAUCUGCCACAGAUGCAAACCGCCAGAGAGCAAAUGACUCCAUCAGGGGAUUUCCGGAAGCCACAAUCACCACAUAUUCCCGCUACAGAACAAGGUCAAUUUCCAGGACAGGACAUGCGUCAAGGUGUGCAGAGGGAACAACCAGUCAAACUUGGAAACCUGGUGCCACAGCCAGCCCAAAAUCCUGGGCAGCAACCAGCGCAGCAAUCCCGACUCCAGUAUCCUCAACACCCACAGCAUGUACACCAGAUUCAGCAGAUUCCCUCUGGACCACAGCGCCUACAAUACCCGCAACAGCAGCAGCAGCACAUGCAGCACAUGCAGUCAUAUCCAGGAAUGCCCAUACAUAGCAAUGGGCCAGUGGGCCCUGCUACACAGUUUAGUGGGAUGGGACAGCAACAAGCACCGCAUCAAGACCCUAGAUUUAGUCAUCCGCAGACUCUGCAGCCACAAGUAACGCAAAAGGAGAGCACUGGGUCCAGAUGGAAGGGUUUGACAAAGCGAAUGUCAGAGCAAAUGUCACACAUAGGACACCAGAAUCCUACCGAGACGAAACCAGAGAAAGCCGAGAAGUCCACUGGUAACAAGCUGCUUGGGGCGUUCAAGAGGAAUUCAAAGCAACCGGAGGCCCAGAAUACAGCCCCCAUACAUAUGGCUGCAACAAACCACCCACCUGGUCAAUGGCAAAAUAUGCAGCAUCCACAGCAGCCUCCAUACCAGACAAACCCGAACCAGCAGGCGUUUGGCCACAGUCAACAGCAGCCAGGGCAUCCCCAGCCAGUCAACCAGAACACCAGUAAUAUCCCCAUGCCCCCUCGACAAGUACAUUCUUCUGUAGGGCCUGCCCAGAUGACUGGACAACAGGGGCAUCAGGUCGCACCCCAUGAAUCUGUGCAGCAGCAACCAAUGCAGCCAGUGCAGCCUGAGCCAGAACCUCGAUAUGACUUUGUACCCAUUCCACGUGGCUACACUGCGGUUCAUGGUGAGGGCAUGACCGCCCCUACAGCGUAUAACGUUGGUCGCGGACCCCAAACGCGCAGUCAACCCGUUCAGAUGCAGAUGCAGCCACAGUAUAGACAGCAGUCUCCUCGAAUGCCACAGCAGCAACAGCAGCAACAGCAGCAGCCACCACCUCAGGCGUCACCACCGGCCUCUCAAUCGUCGUUCCCUCGCCAAGACUCUGUCUCAUCAUUUGGAAUUGUCCAAUCCCCUUCCGUGCCUUCGCUUGACGAGCAAAGAACCAGCUCGAGGCUCGAUAAUGCGAUAAGUCAGCCAACAAGCAAUGCCUCGCCGGCACCUAUCAAAGAGCCACAACCCGUAUCUCUCGUUCAGGGUCCAGAGCCAGGCUUGCCACAGACAAAACAAAGCAAUGGCCAUCUUGCCCAGCCCAAUAUCGACAGCAGUAUCGCAAGUCGGUCAGUGUCAGAUGUUGAGUCGCAUUCGCAACAGUCAAAGUCCCCGGCACCACAAGCCGAGUCACCUCCCCAGAUCAAGGCUGCACCAAGGACCGAGGACCACACUGCGACUCGUUCAGCGAAUAGUAACAACCUUGGGGUGGACGUGGCCAAAGCUAAGCAACACCACGACGACGAUAUUUAUGAUGCUACACCUAGGUUGAACAAGGACGAUCCCGGAGAAGGCGCAAAAGCCCCUGAAAUGGAGCGGCAGGUUUCGGAAGACAGCCUGAAGGAGAAGACGAAAAAGGAAGGACCCAAAACGAAGUCCGAAUUCACCGCCGAGCUUGAAGAUACUGCAGGUGCGCACGAGCGGCGAGUCCGACUAGCGUCUCAGGAAGAAAAGAUUUGGAUAGAUCCUGAGGAUGACCCCAAUUAUCAGCCACAAAUGAGCGCGACAAGCUAUCCCGGCCAGGAGUGGAAUCCAUACGGCGAUCCUGACUUUUUGGAUGAGUAA